GAUUCGUUAUUUCAGUAGCUUUGCUCCAAACGUCGGGCAAAUUCUGGACCGAACCCAAAGUCUUUCUCUCUCUACAUUAUCUCUCUAGAUUUGUUGUUUUCAAGUUUCAACUCUGCGGUUAGUUCAGACUAAACUGAAGAACACUUGUAUACUCGGAGACGGCGAGGAAUGUGUAUUGAGAAACAAGUGUUUUCUAGUGAAUGAAUUUUUCGAAGAAGGUGAAAUGGGAGCAUUAUGCGCUGGCCACUCUCGGGACACCUUGGAUCGUUUCUCCGACCGUUGUCUCCACGUUUUCCCAUGUCUCUCCGAUCCCGCUCGGAGAUCCACUUGUUGCUUGAGAAUAGCGUUGGUGAUGCUGCACUUGAUCUAUCUGGGCGUUCUAUUUGUCUUUGACAAAGAUUUGAUUCAUAAAACUAAAGAAGAGCCAUGGUACACAACUGUCUAUUUGAUCCUGUUUGCUGCUACACUGGCUCAAUACUUCAUCACUUCAGGUUCUUCUCCUGGCUAUGUUGUUGAUGCAAUGAGGGCUGUCAAUGAGGCAGAUGCAUCAUGUAAUAGGGCAUCAAUUACCUCAAAACAGCCUGCUUCAAGCAAAAACGGCGAUGUAGUUAUUGCAAUCGACCGGAACCAGUUGGGAAGUUAUCUUCAAGGCCGUGGUAUGAUAGCAUGGACAAAGCUAGUGAUGGAUAUGUAUCCCAGUGGAACAUCUCUUAGAGGUGUGACUUGCAGUUACUGUAAUGUUGUGCAGCCUCCACGCGCUAAACAUUGUCAUGAUUGUGACAAAUGUGUUCUUCAAUUUGAUCAUCAUUGUGUUUGGCUUGGCACAUGCAUAGGACAGGGUAAUCAUUGCGCUUUUUGGUGGUACAUUUGUGGAGAAACAGCCUUAUCCCUUUGGACGGGCACGUUAUAUAUUCAAUUUUUGAAGUCUGAUAUAUAUUCAAAGCCUUGGUGGUUAUAUGCAAUUAUGAUCUUGCUGCUAGCUACUCUGUUUUUCUGCCUCAUCUUCCUUCUCCUCCUCCUACUUUUUCAUAGCUAUCUAAUUUUGACAAAUCAGACCACAUAUGAGCUUGUGAGACGACGGCGCAUCCAGUAUUUGAGGAACAUUCCUGAAAGAGUGUAUCCAUUUAGUAACGGAGCAUGCAGAAACUUGUAUGAGUUUUGCUGUGCCCAGCGUAGCAAAUAUAGGAUGGAACCGCUGCCAACAGGACAAGAACUUGAAGAUAAGUUGAGACCCUACACAUGCUCAGAUGUUUUAUCCUGUCGGUGUUGCUGUUGAUCACUUGUCUUGUAUCCUAAUACUUGACAUUGGAUUCAGUGCGUGCUAGCACGGCCCCAAUACAUAUCGAAUUUGGAGUCUCACUUGAAUUUGUUAAUUAUUGUAAUUUACAUUAUUGUUAGAAUCAUUUUCAAAUGAUAUAUGGUACUUUAUCCAUAUCGAUUUAUGUGACAUUGAAAUGAUUUUGAAAGUUAACCACAUUUUAUAUGUUAA